AGUUAGCAUGGUAGCCAAUCAUGAAGUUGAACUCGAUCCAACUUUUGCCGCGAGGCGGAAAUUACAUCCAGGCGAACGAGACGUUGAUUGGCUAUCGAAAUAUUCCUCAGCCAACUUCUGCCGCGCGGCAAGCCUUGCCGCGUCUUGUGGGCAGUGUGGGUACGAGGCAAAAGUCGUGGCGCAUUUCAACUCGCAUCAGGCCCAAUGAACUCUUAUGGGAAAAUUUCGUCUAGUAUUUCAGCGCCAUCUAAUAGUUUACCCUCUAUAAUUGUGAACUACGUAUCCGGCCAUGCGGUGCCAUGCGGGAUCAUUUGGGAUCAUUUGGAAUUGUUUGGAAUCAUUGUGCAGUGCGGUUGUGUUGUGUUGUGCAGUGUAACGUGGUGUUUUUAAUUGCCCUGGCAGUUACUGGUGUAUUGAAAUCGACUGAAUCGAAUUGAGCGUUAACGAUUAUUAACGAUUGUUAACGACAUCGAUUUUUGGAUCUUGGAGUACAAAGAUUCUUCAGGGAAUCUUAUUUUGGAGAUACCUAAUAUCUACUUGGAUAACUAAUAGCUGUGGAACCAGAUACAGAAAAAAAUUGGAAAAAUGGUGAAAGCUUGUUGCGUUCCUAACUGCAAGUCAGGUGUUAAAGUUCCUUCGCAUAAAUUUCCCAAAGAUGCAGAAAGAUGCUCAGCAUGGAUAAAAAAUUUGAAAUUGUAUGACUUGCAGAAUUAUUGUGCUAAUGAAUUGCAAAAAUAUAAAGUAUGCCAUAAGCAUUUCUCGGAGAAAGAUUAUAGCUGCUCUCAACGUAACCGAUUUCUGCUGAAAACAGCAGUACCUGCUUUGAUAAUGGAAAAUAAUGAUGUGGACAAUAUUGCAACGGAUAAUAAUGUGCAAUCCGUACCACCACAGAUUGAACAGGCAGAUAUUGAACAGCCGCAAAGUGAACAGCCACAGAUUGAGCAACCACAAAUUGAACAACCACACAUUGGUCAACGUGUAAUAGACAUGGAAAGAACAUUGCAACAGCACAAUGAAUUAUUAGUGCAUCAUGACGGUCUGUUGCAAAAUGAACAAGCAUCGUUAAACCAAAUGUUUGAGAAGAGGAUACAAAAUUUGGAAACACAGUUCGCAAAUACAUCCAAAGGAAGAAGACCAAAUUUACGACAUAUUACACGUGUUGUUCAUCUCAGUCCGAGAGCAAAGUCAUUGCAUAUUAUGAACGUAAAAUUGGGACAUGGAGAUUCAUGAAUCAACGAGAUUAAGAAAGCUGGACGUAUUAUUACAUUUGGUACUGCAGCAUGGUAAUAACAGCCUGUCGACGGAGAACCCACGCGAUGACACGCCAAGGCGAAACGAGGACGCAGAAAAGAGAAUAUUCCGGAAAUACUCAGUGGGGCUUUAAGAGUAGUUUUUUUAGUUUUACCUAAGAGAGAGAGAGAGAGAAAGGACUAAAGUUACACGAAUUAAAUAAAAAUAUAAACAGUCAAGUAUAUUUAAAUUGACAUACCCAAGUCGCUGGUUUGUACAAAAUGCAUUAUGUUAUCUCAUAAUUUUCAUAAAGAUUUUGGUUAGAUUUCUUUUUAAGGAAUACGUUAAUUCUUUUUCUUUUUGAAUUAUUAUACUAUAUAAAUAAAAUGUAUUUAUAAAUUUAUUACGUGUUUUUAAUUUUACCUGAUUCACUAAUAAUUUUUAUAAUUUUAAUAACAAAAAAGGGUAAAAAUGCCAUGCAUUUUUAUCGACUAUUCAUGCUGUUUUACCUUGUAGUUCACACUUAUAGAGGGUAAACUAUUAGAUGGCGCUGAAAUACUAGACGAAAAAAUAACACGGGAGUUUGACGACUCUGACUCGCAUCAUCGCCGUGCCGUACGAAUUUUUAACGCGAGCAAGUGCUUCGAGAGUGCCGUGGAGUGUCGAAAGUGAAGUGAAUUGUCGGGUGUUCGUAUCAACAUCCGUCGUGUCGAAUACGACGCAUGGUGCGAAGUCGUAUACUGUCGUGUCGCGUUCAAUCGUGUUUCGCAUCUCCUCCGUUGCCUCGUAUCCCGACUUUCAGACGCGUGAGUGUGAGUACCAAGAACGUUUCGAGAGUACAAUGCCGAGUUUGUUUGGGGUCGCCUACAAGAUCGGAUGUUAUUGCCCGUCACCAUUACGUUUUUGCGCCUGUCGAUUGUAUCACAAUCGGUCCGGACGACUACCGUCGUUCCGUGCUUUCCUCGGAGUCACAUCGAACUCUUGAAGUAUGGUCGUACCGUCUCCGCGAUGUAAUAGACAGGAAUCAUUUAUUGACUGAACUGAACUCGAAAGUGUCGACAAUAAAGGGUCACGUGUUGGUGUUAAGUGUGUAUCAAGCCGAAUCGUGAGGAUCUUGGAUGUCGAAUGUAUGUUCGACAGCUGUGGCCGAGGCGGAGCUGGACAGCGAUGAGUCAAUUUGUACUUGUAUUCGCCCUACAAUUCGGUAUUUGCGCCUCGUCCCCAUUGUGUUCGCGUAAAUCGUAAAUUAUCGUCGGUACAAUGGGAUGAGACGAACAAAUGAAUCGCGCAAAAACGGUUAGGAACAAUUGAAGUCGACAUAUUCGUGUACGCGCGCUCUGCGCUCCUUUCGCCAGGUGUGCCAACAGUCGGGCGACGUGUUUUCCAAUUUCUAACCUGUAUCUGUACCAGAUUUAAAUUUUUGUUAGCAGUAACGCACAUACAGCCUUAAAGUAUUUUUUAGAUUGUAGGAUGAAAAUCUUAGAAUAUUUCAGAAUUUACAUGCAUGAAAAAUUUGAAGAAAAGCUGUAGACUCUCAGUAUUUCUGAGAAGUCUUUUUUUAUGUAAAAAUUCUGAAAAAAUUUUUUCCCAAGGGGUUCUGAUUUCCUGUUAAUUAUGGCUAUGGUCCACUUGACGCUACAAAUGCUUCUAAGUAUUUUUCGAUUGGUCAAUUUGUAAAAUUCAUUGUUCCGAUUGGUUAAUCAAACGCUUCGAAGCAUUUGUAGCGUCAAGUGGACCGCAGCCUAAGAGUAAAUUUAAGAAAUCGCAAAAAAUCUAAUCUUACGUACACUGUGGUAAAUAUAUAAUUUCGAAGCAGGAUUGAAGGCAUCAAGUAAAUUAAGGAAAAAAAAAUGGAUCUAAUUCUCGAGUAAUCGUGCAUGUGUAUACGUAAGUUGCUUUUUGUAUUCGGCAUAAUUCGCAGAGUUUAAGUGCCUAGAUUUCGAGCCAUCGAAAUUUUAUUAUCACACAUCAUGUUUCACGAAUGGACGAUCAAUGUACGGCGGUAUAACGCAUCUUAGCGAAUCGAUCGGAUUAUUUUGCGCGCCAUUUGUUUUCAUGAUCGCAGGGCGUUAGCACUUCCUCGCGAGCUUCACCAUGGUGACGGCGACGCCAGGUUGGCGACGCCAGGUCGCAUUGAUCUUCCCUGGCAGGUACGGUAACGACCACCGAAGCGGUCAGCACAUUGUUCGUACAUCUCGGGUAUUGGAACCUGGAUCUGGUUAUAAACUUCCGCCUUGGAGUCGACCUGGAAUCGCAUUUGGCUGAUCGCUUGGAGAAUGAAGUGAACCAUGACGGAGCACAGGGGUACGUCUUUCUUUCAUUCGUGCGUGAAGAUGCCGGUAGAUCCUUGCAGCCGGCAACCAACCCCUUCUUAUGAACGUCCUCGACUGUCGUCCGGGGGCCGAAGAUCAGAGAAGGUGAAGAAAAUAAAUUUCGCCGAGGGUGAACCGAAUGUUGUUGAAAACUCGGGGUUAUCGAGCCCACGCGAUACCCUCGAAAACUUCUUGGAGUUUUUGAAGAGCAUACCGGACUACGGGCAGGUGCAUCAUUUGUCGAAUGAGCAGUUCAAGCAGAAGGUCGAGUAUCUGAGGAGGAAACAGCGGCUACUUCUACAGAAUCUGAGGAACUCGCUAGAUGAUUUAGAGAAGCCACCAUCGCGUUUGUCGAUCACGAGAAACGAAAAUUUAAAAUCAAAGAACGCUAAGCCGGACGAUCUUAUCGACGAUCUCAAAUUGAACGGCAAGAAAUGUUACCUCGAGGAAUCCAGAACAAGCAGCCCUAUACUGUUCUCAUCCAGUAAUUUUGCUGGCCUUGCCGAGGAUCAAGAUCUGCUGACAUACAGAUACAGAGAUAAGGAUAAAGAGACGAAGACAAUGCGCAACAAAGAGAUACUUGCAGCCAAUAAGAGCUGGAGCACAUGGAGUGAGUCCAAAAGUGAUGACAGUGUAAAUAGCGAUGGUGAGGACAGCAUUGAGACAAAGAGUUUGCCGCCGAAUAGCUCGAAAGAGUGGCACCCUACGGUGCCCAGGCCAUUUAGUUUCACGCUGAGAGAAGAGGCGGAAAAAUACAUGACAGAGAUGGAGACAGCCGGGCGUACAAAUGAGGAUAACGAGAAGAGUCCUUCGAAAAAACGACGAGUCAGACCAAUUCCUAUCACAUCCAAAAUACUACUCUAUGAUAAAUUGAUGGCCGAGAAAGAAGAAAGAAGUCGUAUCGUGCGCGAGGAGAGCGCGUUGAACCUGCUGUCGCAGGUACGGCCUUUCAAGUUGGAGUGCGACCGUCGUGCUUGGCGAUCCAUGGCAAGGUCUAGUCCUGAGCUUUGCUCGAGCAAGAGCGGCUCCUCGCGUUUCAAGGCCAAGCCGAUACCGAGAAACCUGUUUGGUACCGAGGUUUAUGACCGUAUGCUCGAGGACGAAUAUUAUAGACAGUUAAGGAAAAGGGUGAGGGCUGCCGAGUUGCUGAAGUCCUCUUCCUUACCGCCGUCGAUGGCGAGGCGCGAGCGUGUCAAGUCCGCGUGUGCACAUUUGCAGGAGUCCAACAAGGAUGAUGACGAAUCUGUCACCCCGGCGACGACGACGUCCGAGAGAACCAGAUCCGCGAUGACGUCCAUAUUGUCCUCGCGCGGAAACAAUCUAGCUGCGAUUCUGAGAUGUCAGGCCUCUCGAGAGAAACUUGAGCGCGAGAUAAGGGAACGGAUGGAGGAGAAGCGGCGGGAAGAGAUCCUGAAGUUCAGAGAGACGCUGAUUGGACAGAAACCCGCGUGGAAGGCCUUGAGAUCGGCUGCGAGGCACGAGCACAACAGAGAUCUGAAUAUGCGGACGUCCCUUCGCCGUGACGAGGCACGGGAACAGGCCGAACGUCAUCGACUGCAGAUGGAGAUAAUGCUGGAUCGUGUGACGCAAAUACCGACUCUCUUCGAGCGGCAUUCUCAGAGCUUUCAAUCGUUUGUGAAGGCGCAACAGAAAGCUUCUUCGAAGAUCGCCCGGAAGAAGAAAAAGAAAAAAAAGAAACAACAGCAGCAGCAACAGCAAUCAAAAAGGUCCACGUCAAGCAGCUUAGAUUCCUAUCUGAGCUUCGCAAGAACCUCCAAUAACUCCAGACCGAAUUCCGGAUCGUUAACCAGUUCGACUGGUUCUAAUUCUACUCUAAUUUCAAGCCAGUCAUCAUCGAAGUCAUCGCGCGAUUCCUCCGACAAAUCAGCGACUAAAUCAGAGACGUCAACAUUAAAGAGGAAGACCGAUCGCGGCCCGCUGAAGGUGUCGAUCAACGAGACAGCGGAAUUAAUCGAGGAUCACAACGAGAAAUUGUCCAGUAGCGAUGAGCGGUCCCGCAGUGACUAUGUCAUUGUCGAAGAGUGAAUUGAACUGACAAUAGUAAUCAUCGCGAUUCUGAAUAUCAGAUUUCAACGAGUAAAGCUUCAAUCGAUGCCCUACCAGUACAACGAGAUCGGGAUAAAACGGAAAGACGAGGUCACAGAAACCUGUUUUAGCAGUAUUUCAAAAGACUAUUAAACGGUUCACAACCACGACGCAUCCUUAUUAUUAUGUAUAUGAACGAUGACGAUGUAUGUAUAAUUUCUUGUAUCACGGAUAUGCAUGGACGGAUGGAACAUGAUAAAGAAUCAUCUGAAGCGCAUUAAUCUCACGUCCUUGACGAGAAGUAGUACACAAUCUGGCGAGAAAUUUUUUAACAUUUCGUGAAUUUAUUUAAGAAACGUGUUUCAAAAACAGAUACAGAUGUAAAAUCAAUAAUGU